AUGAGCUCCAGUGUACCGAAACUUAGCACCUCGCUGGACGAAAGUCAGCUCAGCCAGGUGCGGGAAUGCUUAACCAGCUUUGCCGACCAUACAAGUCCCGGUGUACACCAGGAUGCCACCAUGGAUAACUCAUAUGCAAUGGGAUUUCGUUCUCCGUCGAUAAAUGCCCUCACCGGUCACGGUUCGCCCGUUCAGGUGCGAUCGUUGCGCGACAAUGAGGAGGAAAUUUCGACGCUACGCAAGGAAAACUUCAAUCUGAAGCUACGCAUUUACUUCCUCGAGCAGAAGGCGGGCAUCUGCACGGACAGUGACACUCCCAUACUGGGUGUGACCAGCUCAUCAUCCACGACGACGAACACGUCAUGCGAUGGCAAUUAUUUGAAGCAGAACAUCGAUCUUAAGGUCGAGGUAGAAUCAUUACGACAGGACCUCCAGAACAAGCAUGACCUGCUCUGUCAAGCGGCUAAGGCGAUGGAAGUGCUGGAGGAAAGCCACAAGAAGGCGGAGGAGAAACACCGGGAGAUGGUGAACGAUUUGAACAACCGGAUCGAGAUGCACCAGUUGGAAAUAAAGUCGCUGGAAAAGAUGGCAAGCGAGUUGCAGCACCAGCAUCGUGAACUGCUCCUGUCGACCAGCCGGGCGGGCCUCGAAGAUGGAGCGAAUGGCCACGCACGCGAUGACGACACCACAACCGGCAAAGGUUCGAUUCGCGAUAAUGUUGGUGAGAGUUUGCUAGACUUUCUCGAUACGGUGCAGCAACACAGUGAGCUGAGUGUACAGGAGAAGCUGAAGGUGCUCGAAAUGGACAACGCUGUACGGCAGUGCCAGGAACGGAACGAAGAACUGAGCCGCCAGCUCGAACAGCUGCAAACCGUGAUCGACGAAAAGACAGCCAAAAUAAGUCAGCUAGAGGUGGAGCUGGGUGAGUUGCGGUUUGAAAAUGCGGAACUGCGCGAAGAGUCUGAGAAACCGCAAUCUAAUGUUGAGAUCGAACGACUUAAGCAGCAAAACUUCGACGUUCGUUCCGAGCUGGCCGAGAAGCUGUGCGUCCUCGAUGAUACGGAAGCCAAGCUGAGGGAAAAAACGCUCGAAUGCACCAAGUCGUGCAAAAUGGUUGAGAAGCUUAUCAAAACAAUAACCGAGCAGGACAAGGAGCUGGAAAAGUUUAAGCGAAAUUCGCCGGUAGAAUUGAAUGGUCGUGAACUGAAUCGGAAGAACAUAUCACUUGCGUCCGAGCACGGUACAGUGGGCAGCAGUUUGCCAGUGGUGUCUGAAAUCGUUGACCAGGACCGUAAACCUGUCAGCCAGACCGAGUACGAUGCAUUGGUGCAGCGGGCCAAGCUGCUUCAACAAAAGAAUGACACACUCAUACACAAGCUGUGUGGCACUGGCGGUGGCAAUGGCGAUCAUCGGAACGAUCGCAACAUCAUCAUCAAGCAGUUGAACGAUGAGCUCAUCAAGGCGCGGGAAGAGGCAGAAAGGGCGCAAAAGUGGCGCAAAGAGUAUGCGGAGAUGUGUGCCAUUUCGACGCAUCGCUUAGAGGAGUUGGCCGGAUUUCUAGAUUCGUUGCUCAGGAACAAGGAACUGAUCGGUUCACUGUCGACGGACAGCCGCAAAGCGAUCCGCAAUGCGGUGGAUCGAAGUUUGGAUCUAUCGCGCAGCCUUAACAUGUCCAUCUCGGUGACCGGUCUGUCGCUGAUUGGCAAUAACAGUCUAGCGCAGCUUAGCUGUCUGUCCGGGUACUUGGAUCAUUCGAUCGGCGAUGUUGGAGGGCCUGGUCCGAGUGGUAGCGAUGAUGCCGAGGAGUAUGACAAAGAAAACCGCAUGACCAACAUUAAGGGACAAACAAUUAACAACCACAACAGCACUUUCGGUGGUAUGAAUCAAACAAAGCAAAUGAUUGAGACGCUGCGAGCAGAGAACAAGGCUCUGCGCGGUGAGUUGAUGGAACAUCAGCAGCAGCAGCAACGACCCCGGCGCCGUGAAAGCAAAGAGCGUAAAUCCGUUCAUGUCGGGGAGAUUUAUUCCGACUCGGAAACAUGGUCCGAACCCGAUCGGGGUGUGUCAAAGGCACGCAUCGGUCUGGAGGACAGCACGGCGCUGAAACAGAAAAAUUCGUCUACUGGUCCAUCGGCCACAAUCAACACGUCCGCAUCCGGCGUGCUGGAGCUGAGUUCUACCUCCGACAACGAACCAUUAGCGUUUGCGCCACAGCGUAAAUCGUUUUCAACGGUCGAAAUUAAACAACUGCAGGAUAUGGUAUCAUCGCUCAAUAGAGAUCUACAGGAUAAAAACGGAACCAUACUCAACAUCCAAAGCCAGCUAGUGGAUAUGGACAGUGAACUGCAGCGCGAACGGAUGCGAUUGGCGACCGUUCAAUCCGAAGCGAACGGUAGCCGACAGCUGUCCGAACAGUGGGAACGAGAAGCGAAAGAAUCGAGAGAAAAGGCUGAACGAGCGGCGGAACGGUUGGUCGUGCUUGAGAGUGACAUCCGGCAGCGCGAUACACUGAUCGAGAAGCUGCGAAAGGAGCGCGAACAGGCGGCCGUUGAUUUGCGUGUUGCGGUGAUGAAGCUCGAAACUAUGCACACCGAGUACGGUGAGCUACAGCAACGGCACAAGCGUGAGCUCGACGCAAUACUGGCGAAGGAGCAGCAACAGCUGGACGAACUUCGCCACAGCUUAACCGAAUCAUUCCGCAACGAGUUGCAGUUGAAGCAGCAGUCGUUUGACACAGCGCUGGCCCAAAACUACAUCUCCAAAAACAUCCACCAGGAGAAGGUGCGCGAGCUGAACGAGCUACACUAUCGGCUGGAGGAUGCGCACAAUGACAUAUCGACGAUGGCACAGGCGGAAGAGACGCUCCGGAAGCAGCUGGCCGAUUGCGAGCGUAAUGUGCUGGCGAUGAAGAAAAGUCUCGACGAGGCAACGCUCCAAGCGUCCAAAGCGGCGGUCGAACGUACCAAGGCGCUCAAUGAGAAGCGUCAGCUCGAGAGUGAACUUGGGCUGGUGCGAGAUGAAGUCCAGCAGCUGAAGGUGGAAAAGAACGAGCUGAACGAGCAGCUGCAGGCAAUCGUGCGGGUAAAACAGAACACGCGUAGUCCACGGACACAGGACGGCGGUGGACACCUGUCGACAUCGGGCACCGAUGACGAACCGACUGGACGAAGGCAGCUGGAGAACUCCUCACCCGAUCUGGGCAUUGAGAGUGAUCCUGGUCGCCUCUCGAACGUGGAGCUAGUGCACGGGGGGGAGUUGAAGUUUGCCACCUCGCCACAGCAGCGUCCCCUGCUCAAAACCCUGGAACUGACGAAAUCGAUGUCAAAUCUGCUCUUGAAUCCGGCCCAGGAAGUCAAACUGGAGGACGGAGAAUCGUCGUCGAAGGGUGGCGAACAGGAACAGGGUGAAGCAACAACGAUUGUAAAGCACGACUGUGCCAAAAUCGAGGUGGAAUACCGGGAACUGUUGCGUCGAUACAGCAAAACGCGCCAAUGUCUGGCGGUGGCCUGCGACAAGAUUAAAUCGUCCAACAAGGUUAAGAAACAGCUCGAGGUAGACUUGAAGCAGCAGAUCCACAAGACGCACGCCGUGCUGAAGACGGUGCACCGUAACAUGGACGCUAGCGACGGAGGCAACGACAAGUGA